AUGUCGACCCCUCGCGUCUGGUUUAUCACCGGCACCUCCACGGGCAUCGGGCGCGCCCUCGCCGAAGUCGCGCUCGCCAAGGGCGACGCCGUCGUCGCCACCGCCCGCAAGCCCGCGGCGCUCGACGCGCUCGCCGCCGCGCACCCGCCCGAGCGCCUCCUCGUGCUCGCGCUCGACAUCACCUCGUCCGCGGAGGCGAUCGCGGCCGCGUUCACGGCCGCGAAGGCACGCUUCGGGCGGAUCGACGUCGUCGUGAACAACGCGGGCUACGCCGGGCUCGGCGAGGCGGAGGGCAUCCCCGAGCGCGACGGUCGCGCGCUGUUCGAGACCAACUUCUGGGGCACCGUCCGCGCGACCAAGGCCGCGAUGGCCUUCUUCCGGGACGAGAACCCGGCGGGGGCGGGCGGGCGGCUGCUGCAGAUGUCGUCCUACCUCGGCCUCACGUCGUGGCCGGGCAGCGCGUACUACAACGCGUCCAAGCACGCGCUCGAGGGCUACACGGAGUCGCUGGCGGCGGAGAUUGACCCUGCGUGGAACAUCAAGAUAACGCUGAUCGAGCCCGGCUGGAUAUCGACCGAGGUCACGGCGACCGCAAUGGGUGGAUUGGCCCCACCGCACCCGGCGUACACGAGCCCGACGCUCCCGACGGUCAUCUUCCGCGCGCUGAACGGCGCGAUCCCGCUUGAGUGGAAGGACGCCGUGAAGUGCGCCGAGGUGUUCUACCGUGCUGGCGUGAUGGAUGACCCACCGCUGCACCUCGUCGUCGGCCGGGACGCGAUCGGCGCGACGCGGCAGCAGCUGGCGGCCCUGUCGACGACGCUGGACAAGUUCGAGUCGUGGUCGGAGGGGUUGGAGUUGCCAGUGCCGGCGAAAUAG